AUGAGUUCUGAUAAGCAUCUUUUCGUGCUCGUGCACGGUCUUUGGGGCACGCACAAGCACAUGGAGCCCAUGGAGGAGGUGUUCCGGGACGUUAUCCCGAAGGAUGAAGGUAUCAUCUAUUUUGCACCCCGGCAGAACGCGAAGUUCAAGACGUUUGACGGGAUUGAGAUCAUUGGGUAUCGGACGCUGAUCGAGCUGUGUCAUUUCAUCAAGUCGUACGAUGGUCCCGGGAAGAUCACAAAGAUAAGCAUCGUGGGUUAUUCCCUUGGUGGGUUGAUUGCUCGGUUUCUUGUCGGGAAGUGUUUUAGUGACUGCAAGGAGUUAUUCAAGGGGAUAGAGCCGCAGCUUUUCAUCACUGUGGCAAGUCCGCAUCUAGGUAUCGACUUCUACAACAGGAGCGGUCUCUGGAGAGGCUGGCUGUUGAACCCCUUUUUGAAGUUUCUGGGGACGACUUUCCUCGGUAAGAGCGGUAGAGAAUUGUUCAUUACAAAUGGGUAUAACGAUAUUCUUGUCAGGUUGAGUCAGGAGAGCUAUUUGGAGAAUCUGAAAUUGUUCAAGCACAGAGUUGUGUUUGGCAAUGUGAAAAAUGAUAGGACCGUGGCGUUCUACACGGCAAUCAUCUCGGACUGCGAUCCGUUCAUAGAAACGAACAAUAGGGUGCGGUAUGUGUUUGAGGAAAACAUCCCGGACUCGGAUUCGUUCACCUCGAGGAUCUUCCCCAGAAUCGUAGAUUUGAACCGGCUGGACAAAAGGGUCGCUAUCGGCAACAAUAGAGCCCCAGACAAGCGACUAAAGAUCACGUUUCAAAACGUCAUGCUAAUAUUCCUAAUGAUGACUCUUGUCUUGCCCAUUGCCCUUGUAUUGAACCUCUGCGGUACUCUGUACAGUUACUGGACGACAAGGAAGUACAGAAACAUGUUCCAGGACGACAAGCUCCCCGAUAUAGUGAGGGAACAGCUCGGCCUCUCGGACCAACUACAAAGAUACGUGAGCAAUACGUACCAGUCGAUUAUAGACGAGAACAACGCGAACGGAACGAACGGUGACGAUACGGAUGAUUUGAGGUCAGCGGAUGGCGACUUACAAAAAAUCCGGUCUGCGAGUUUGACUUCCCGUGAGAACAUCGAACUUUGGGACAAUUUCGUGGAGAAGUACACACAUAUAGGUGACCGGGACCAACAUUGGCUGUCCGAGUUUGACCGACUACCGCUGGAUGAGAAGCGGCGACAGAUAUUUCGAAACCUGUCUACCGUUGAAUGGAUUAGAGUCCCCAUGUACAUCAAAUCGAUAAACGCGCACGGCGGGAUCGUCGCAAGAAGGGGGAUCAAUGAGAAAACGCCGGCAACGAGUCUCGCAGGGUUGCAAUUCGAGGCGAAACUGAUAAAAUACCUGUUACACAAGUGA